CCAGCAAUCCUGCCCACUCAUUCAUCUAAACUUGCAAAGAGCAAGACCAAAAGCAAUAGUCUCGCUUUCUUUCUCUUCUGAUCGCCUAAUUUGUUCGCACAAGUAAGAAACAUGGCUGUGGGCCCUCGAGCCUCUAAGGAAGAGUUUAUGCAAGCCCUAGGCUUGAACUCGCAUGAUCCGCAGCAUGAGCAGUAUUAUCGUGCAAUGAGGGACGAAGCAAUCCUAACCUACAACCACCUCAACGAAGACCGCUCCAACCUCCUGGACAGCGUCGCCGCCGACCCCUCCACCAAACCCCCGUACUUCUGGCAUCACAUCCGCCCCGAGCGACAACGGUGGGGGAUCCUCGAGAUCGCCCGGAAUGCGGGUCCCUUGACCCGCCCGCUGUUCGCUCGCGGGGCGGUCGUCACCUCCGCCGCCUCUCCGACCAAUACCACCACCGGGGGUGCGGCUGCCACAGGCCCAGGAGGAGGAGGAGCAGCGGGAGCAGCGGGAGGAGACACAACCGCCGCCGGCGGCGGCGAGUACGGACCCAACUGGGUGGCGGGGUGGUUGCUGUACAGCGUGUUUCGGUCCCGGGAUGUGCGGAAUAAUCGCAAUCGCAGGCGCGGCGAGGAAAGGGGUCGCUCAAAGUCGCCACAGAGACAACCACAACCGCAGAGUCAGACGAACAGUGGCGUCUCGGGCAAGAAGGAAUAUUAUGAUCCGGUGCGGAACGGGUGAAGGUGUGGUCAAUUAGCGAAAGUUGUGCGGAGUGAGCGACGAGGAUGGAAGAGAUGAUCGAUCAGG